CACCAAUGUGGUUAUGAAUUAUUCAGAAAUCGAGUCUAAGGUUCGAGAAGCAACCAAUGAUGAUCCGUGGGGACCUUCAGGGCAGCUCAUGGGAGAGAUUGCCAAGGCUACGUUUAUGUAUGAGCAGUUUCCGGAACUUAUGAAUAUGCUGUGGACUCGAAUGUUGAAAGAUAAUAAAAAGAACUGGAGGAGAGUUUAUAAGUCUUUGCUGCUCCUAGCUUACCUCAUAAGGAAUGGAUCAGAGCGUGUUGUUACAAGUGCCAGAGAACACAUUUAUGAUUUGCGAUCCCUGGAAAAUUACCACUUUGUAGACGAGAAUGGCAAAGACCAAGGUAUUAAUAUACGUCAAAAAGUGAAAGAAAUGGUAGAAUUUGCCCAGGAUGAUGACAGGCUGCGUGAAGAAAGGAAGAAAGCAAAGAAAAACAAAGACAAAUACAUUGGGGUUUCUUCAGACAGUGUUGGAGGGUUCCGAUACAGUGAGUACAGUGAAAGGUAUGAUUCUGAGCCCAAGUCGAAAUGGGAUGAAGAAUGGGAUAAAAAGAGUCCUUUUCCAUUCAGUGACAAACUGGGUGAACUGAGUGACAAAAUUGGAAGCACAAUCGAUGACACAAUCAGCAAGUUCCGGAGGAAAGAUAGAGAAGAUUCUCCAGAAAGAUGCAGUGACAGCGAUGAGGAAAAAUCAAGAAGAGGUAAAUCUCCCAAAGGUGAAUUCAAAGAUGAAGAGGAGACUGUGACAACCAAACAUAUUCAUAUUACACAGGCUACAGAGACCACCACCACCAGACACAAGCGCACAGCAAAUCCUUCCAAAACCAUUGACUUAGGAGCAGCAGCACAUUAUACUGGGGACAAAGCAAGUCCAGAUCAGAAUGCCGCAGCUCAUACCCCACAGACUACAGGAAAGGUUUCCGUACCCUCCGGCAGCAAGUCAUCUAAUGACCUAGUAGAUCUGCUGUUUGAUGGUGCCAGCCAGCCAGUCUCAGCGGGUGGAUCGACUGACCCAUUUGGGGGAUUUGCCGACUUCAGCUCUGCUGCUGCCUCAGCAAGCUUCCCCUCGUCACAAGGUACAGCGACAAGUGGGAACGGAGAAUUUGGCGACUGGAGUGCCUUCAACCAAGGCUCUCCGUGUCCCAGUGCUUCAGCUGGAGACCUCUUCAGCGGCACCGCACAGCCAGCCGUGGAGCUCUUCAGCGGCUCACAGCCAGCUGUUGGGCAGCCUCCAACUGCUUCCAGUCCUACCGAUCUUUUUGAUUUGAUGGGACCUUCCCAGGCAACCAUGACCUCCUCGCAAAGCAUGAAUUUCUCGAUGAUGAGCUCUAGUGCUGUGGGCAUCAAUCUACCCUUGUCAAGGUCACAGCCUUUGCAAAACGUUAAUGCUGUGAUGCAGAAGACUAACGUUCUUUAUAAUCCAGGCACAGAGAUGGUCCAGAAAAAUGCCAGCAAAACUCUGCCAUCCACAUGGUCAGACCCCAGUGUAAAUAUCAGUUUGGACAAUUUAGUACCUGGUAUGCAGCCUUCGAAACCCCAGCAGCCAUCACUUAACACAAUGAUUCAGCAACAGAAUAUGCAACAACCGAUGAAUGUGAUGACUCAAAACUUUGCAGCCGUGAGCCUCAACGCCCAGCCCAACAUGAUGCCUGUUCGACCUCCAACAAGCCCGCUCAUGGGAGGCCCCGUUUCCGUGGGAAUGGGGAUGCCCAGCAUGAUGACGGGUACAAUGGGUAUGACCUCCGUAGGAAGCACCCCAAUGAUGAACCAGGGGAUUAUGGGGAUGAAUGUCAGCAUGGGGAUGCCAGCAGCAGGAAUGGGUUUGACUGGCCCAAUGGGUAUGGGGGUACCCAAUAUAGCUAUGACCGCUGCUAUGGCUCCUGGAACUGUGCAACCCAAGCAAGAUGCCUUUGCAAAUUUUGCCAAUUUUAGCAAAUAAAGAUUGUAAAAACAACAACAAAAACCCACAACAAAACUCAGUCGAAUCGAAUGAAGGAUUUUUAGCUGUACAAGCAUAGCCCAGGGAGGGGUGGCUGGCAAACACUGAUCAAUACCUUAUUUUUUUUCUCUUCCUUUUAUUGAUUAAUUAAAAUCAAAGCUACAGAAAAGAACCAAAAGGCUAUUUUGUAAGUGUUGAAACAGCUAGCGGUCAAACUGCACAGAGACGAAGCGUUCUUCCGAGUCAAUCGGAUGGCUUCGCAGUUAAUAGGCCAUGGUUUUGUAAUAACAGCAUCCAAUGCCUUCCUUGAGGGAAGAACCGAUUUAACACAGACUCCUGCUCACAGAUGGGAAACGGGUGUUGGGUCAAUCUGUGUGAAUCUAAUUUGAUACUUUUCUGCCCCUUGGAAGAGCUUGAUUUUUCUCUCCCCCCACCCCCUAAAUUGCUUUGACAUAAGUGGAUCCAUUCCUUUUACUACCACUCUGAGUCCAUAUUUGAAGUCUCAUUCAAGUACUAUGAUCAGUUUUUUAUAAGAAUAUAUAUUUUUGUCCAAAAUGGCUUACAUAUGUGAUUAUGGCUAAUUCAAAGGGACCUGGAAUGUAUAUAUACUUUUGCUAAUGUUCCAGCAACACUGCUAUAUUAUCCAAAUUUUUAUUGUAAAAACCUCUUUCAGCAAUUUGGUGAUGGACAGAUUUUGGGGCUUUUCACACCUCUAUUGCUAUAAUUAGUAUCGAGUGCAGAGCUAGGGGGGACUUCAUCAAGAGCUGCUGUAUGGUUUCCUUUCCAAAACUUCAGCAUAUAUACACUUUCCCAGCUCUAUCUCAGUGGCAACUAACAUGCUUCGUACCACCCGUAUCUCUCCGGAGCCACUGGUUUACAAUGUCAGCAGCAUUCAAAAGACAGAAGCGUUUAUUUUUUGCAUCUUUUACAAAGAGAGUAACACAGUAACGACAUUGUCUUUUUAAGUUAAUGUAAAUCUCUAAAUCCUUAAUCCAACGGUGUUGGAUUUUAGAUUUUAUACAGCCUUCGUGAUUCUUUUGUGUAAAUAAGGCAGUAGCAGCUCUGUGAAAUCCAAUAGAGAGGAGUUUAAAAAUACAUAUAUAUAUAUAUAAAAAAAAUAUAUAUAUUAUCAAAGGAAACCUGUAGCAGUCAAAGAUUUUAUUGAUUUAACGAAAAUAAAGGCAAUGAAACUAAAGGAAAUGAACUCAAGAUUUUGUUUUCCUGCUGUAAUUCUGCAUUUAAGUUCUCACAUGAAUCAUGAUUCUCGGAUCUGGAAUGCAAAGACAUCGUUACACUCACAAGCUGGGAAUAUUAUUGAGAAUAAGCACUAUGCUCUAGGUAUGAAAUUUAUUGCCUCCCCUUUCUUACAUUGGCUUUCUCUUUUUUUAUUAUUAAAUUGAUAAAACUUUGUUUCCAUUGUAUUCAUAAUGUUCUGUUAUACAUAACAUUAAAAUGUUCAUUAAAAUCAA